AUGGACGCAGACGGGUCAUCGCCGUCGCAGCUCCUCCGCUCGGCUGAAACCCUGGCCGCCCUGGCCGGUCUCCAUCGACGGGAGUCGCAGAAUAGGAGCCAGUCGCCCGACAGCCUCGUGGAAGAGGAAGCAUCAGGAAGCGACCAGCCAAAGCGCCCCAAACGCGCGCGUGCAUGCGUGGCCUGCCGCAACAUGAAAAUUCGAUGUCUCCCGGUCGAAGGCCAAGAGGCUUGCAGCAGCUGUGCCAAAGUCAACAGGCACUGUGUCAUGCCCGGACCACCGCGGAAACGACAGAGAACGGUGCAUAAAGUGGCCGAACUGGAGAAGAAAAUCAACGCUCUGACAGAGGCCCUAUUGAGCCGAGGCCAACAAGCCGAUCUGCCUUCGAUUCAGACGUCGCCUGAGAAGGACCCAGCCACCACGAGUGCCAGCUCGGAUCUACCAAGGACAGAAGCUACCACUAACACUAGCUUGGACUACGACGCCCAGGUAAUGGAGAAGGUACUACCGCAAAGCCCCGAAUUCGAGAGACCAUGCCCUGCCGACGACCUAGAGCCUCGUGUCGGGGAGCCCUAUGUGGAUGUGAUCGACCAGGGCCUAGUGACCAUGCAGUGUGCGACGGUAAUUUUCAACUAUUGGAUGCAGAAGUAUUCGAAAAUCAGCCCAAUUGUGGUCUUCCCUCCUGGCACAGAGGCACAGGUUGUCCGCACCCGACGUCCCAUGACCUUCCUAGCGAUCCUGUCCGUGGUCAGUCCAUUGAUCGAACCUUCUGUGCAGCCUGAUUUGUCCGUCGAGCUCAAUCGGCAACUCUCGGAAAGAGUCCUGUUUCACGGGGAGAGGUCGCUGGACCUCACCCAGGCACUGAUGUUUCACUAUCAGUAUUACCUGCGACCUCGAGGUGCGAGAGAUCUUGCUUUCAACCAAUACAUCCAUUCCGCCAUCGUCAUGUGCCUAGAUUUGGGCAUCGGCAAGAGAUCCAAAAUCGACCAGACCCGGAGCCCGGCUGAAAGGACGGAACUGGCGCGAACAUGGUUGGGUGCCUACACUUGCGCGAUCGCUGUUUCGACCAUUCUUCGUAUUCCUCCAUUCAUCAAGUUUAACUCGCGCGUCGAAGAGUGCCUGGACAUCCUGGCCAACAGCCCGUACGCCUUGCCGAGCGAUAAAUGGCUAUGCGAUCUCGUGCGUCUCUUUCAUAUUGCGGAAGAGGUGUCGGUCGUCUUCAACAUGGACGAUCCCGGAGCCGAGUUGAAUUUCACGGAACCGAGGAUACAGCAUCAGCUCAAAUAUUUCCAACAUCAGUUACGGCUGUGGGAAAACUCGGUGGGCACCGAUGUGGAUGUGGAUCCGCGACUGGUCCAGCAUCAUGCCGCUUGUAUCAGCCUCUACACUCACGAGAUAGCCCUUCAUUACGAUCACAACGUCGACGAUUUCCGACCCGGAAGCCUAUUUGCAGGCGAUCGGCGAGGACCAGACAGCCUCACAUCCAGCCACGUUCAAGCCCUGACCACUGUUUACGAAAGCUGUCAUCAAGUGCUUGACGUCUGGCUGUCGCUGGAAAUCCCUUAUGCACGAGCCCUGCCCAACACGUACAUUGUCUGGAACGCGUAUGCCAUGGUGGUCUUGAUCAAGCUGCAUUGGAUCGUGCAUGGAUCGGAGUCGCAAAUUGGAAACAUCUUUCUCCCGGACCUCCGCACUGAAUACUAUCUAGAUGCCAUCAUCCAGCAACUGGCCGAGAUGUCGGCCCACGGCCACAGUCCUUUCGCAGAGGCGUUUGGAUUCGUGUUCAAGAAGCUCAAGACCUGGUACCAGCAUCGGGGAGGCCGGUUUGCGGAUGAGCCGGCUGGAGGGGAGAAUAGCCUUCGAAGCAAUCGAGCGUCCAGUAUCCUACAGAAGGAUCCGUCGACCAUCAUCCGCACGGCCAGAGAUGAUUCCUACACCACGAUGCCGGCCAUCCUCCCGGGACAGUGGUCGGGCCCUGAUAAGAUGGGGUCCAAUCUGAACGCGGCUUAUGACGCGGCCAGUUACGGAAACACGAAUUGGGACCAGUUCAACUUCAGCUCGGAAGAAAUGGAUCUGUUUGAUGUGUACAUGAAUAACACUGGAUGGAUGGGGUAUUUUCUUUAG